AUGAAAUGUAUAAAUCUUUACAGUAAAACUUAUGUUUGUUGUAUUGGUAAUGAUAGUAGCACUAAGAGUAAAAAUGAAUUUGAUUUAAAAAUUAAAAACAAGGAUUUGAUAUCAAAAAUUAAAUCUGCAGCUGUUCGUAUAGGUACUCUUUUUUUGAUAAUUUGCCCAUUUGUCAUUUUUUGUACCACUGUGCUUGGUUGGUAUGUUGACACCACUGGAUGGACUGUGCCAAUUUUGAGUUCAAUUUUGUUUUUGACUUCUAUUACAUCAUUUUUACUCUCAUGUUUCAGUAAUCCCGGAGUCAUUCCAAGUCAGAAAAGUGCACACUUACAGUAUGAUUUGUUUAAAGGCCACUCUAGCUACCCGAACACUUCUUACAAUUUUAAGGAUAUUCUUGGAAAUAACUAUGAAGCAGGCGUCAUUUCUAGGGAUCUGCACAUGAAUAUACGGGGGAAAUUACUGAAAAUUAAAUUUUGCACGACUUGUAAUAUAUUUAGAAGUCCUAGGGCUGUACAUUGUCGAAUUUGCAAUGUGUGUGUUCAUAGGUUUGAUCACCAUUGUAAGUGGCUGGAUAAUUGUAUCGGUUACAACAACUAUAGAUUUUUUAUCGCAUUUAUUGUUUCUACAUUCUUAUUAUUAAUCGCAAUACUGAUAUUAACGAUUAUAAGGUUAAUAUAUAUAAAGACUCCUCCAUUCUCAUUUAUCACCAAGUUUUCUAAUAUUGGUGUUAACAAAAGUUUCAUCACCAAUAUAGUGUUUAUUUCGAUAUUAUUUUUGAUCAUUGUAUCAUCUGGAUGGUUUGUUAUUGGCUUAUUAGUUUAUCACCUCUACUUAAUUGCAACAAAUCAAACCACUAAUGAACAGCUCAAAGGUGUUUUCCAGAACUUUAAUCCUCAUAAUAGAGGAUUUUUCAUAAAUUUAAGGGACACACUUUUUAGAAAACACAACAUAGAUUACACUUCUAGUUUAAACACUUCAAUAUACAAUCCAGUUAGUGAAUACAAUGAUUAUACCAAUUUAUCACUAAUAAAACAUUAUUUGAUUAAAAAACCAAAUAACAUUGAUAAGGACACUGAACAUUUUAAAAUUAAAAAUGAAAAAGAUCAUACUAUUGAAAGAUCAUCUAAUUCUGUAGAAUCUAGUUUAUCGGCAGAACCCAGUAUACGAAAUAGUUCCAAUAGUUUUGGUAUUAAUACUAGUAUUAGUAGUAAUUUUGACGAUGUUGGAAAUUUGGAGUCAUCAAUAAACGAUAUGAUAAACGAUUACAACAGGUUAAAGAGUGAUUUAAAUAGAGCUAGACAGUUUAAUCAACACGUUGUCAACAUUAUUGAGAAUGAUACCAACAAUAAUCAUCACCCGGUUGAUGAAGUUGACUACGACCAAAAAUUCACCAGAAAAAAUGGCAUAGAUAUUAAAAAAAGUGGAUUGAUGUGCUGUAAAAAUUAA